UGCUCAUUAUGGUCCAUUAGGUCAGAAGGACGUCAAACGCUGAUGGGUCCAACAAAAAAAACAGAUUGGUGUGCAUGAUGGAAGUUGGCUUGCUGCAGAAGAGCGUCUGCAGACCUGAGGUCCGGACUGAGUGCUAGAGAUGGACGGUCCGGCUGUUGUGGACACCUGGAACUGCUCUGUUGUCCAUGGAGAAGGAGGAGAUGACAGCAGGGAGCGGCACCCUGAAGCCGAGCUGAGCACAGAGGUGCUGUGCAGGGAACUGGUGGAAGUGCUGUGUGCUGAGAGGGUGGCUCAGGUCACUAAGACCUACCAUGACAUCGAAGCCGUUACGCAUCUGCUGGAAGAGAAGGAGCGGGACCUGGAGCUGGCGGCCCGGAUUGGUCAGUCACUGCUCAAGCAGAACAGGGCCCUAGCUGAGCGCAAUGAGCUGCUGGAAGAGCAGCUCCACAUCUCCACAGAGGAGAUUGCCCAGCUGCGCCAUGAGCUCUCCAUGAGGGAGGACCUACUGCAUCUGUAUGCCAGUACGGAAGAGAUGGAUUCCUCCUUGGAAAAGUCUUUACUGAUGAGGAGGAGCGAGUCAUCAGUCUCCUUCAGCAGCUACAUCGACCACGACUUCCUGCAGCAGAAGCUCAAGGGGCUGGAGGAGGAGAACCACAGGUUACGUUCAGAGGCCGUUGAACUGACUUCAGAAACAUCCAGCUACGAGGAGCAGGAACAGCAACUGAUGAGGGACUGUGUGGAAGAGCUUGCUUUAGCCAAUAAACAGGUGGUGGCGCUGUCAGAUGAACUGGCCCGCAAAGUGGAGGACACUCUGAGACAACAGGAGGAGAUAAGCUGUCUGCUGGCCCAGAUUGUAGACCUGCAGCAGCACAAUAAAGUGCUCUUGACAGAGAACGAAGAGCUAACACAACACCUGAGUGCAUCUCGGGAAAGUCAAGCCCAACUCACAUCAGAAUUGAAGGAGCUUCAGGACAAGUACUGCGAGUGUGAGGACAUGCUGCGUGAGGCGUCGCAGGAGCUCAAGAACCUGCGCAACAAGAGUCUGCCCAACAGCACGGUGAACCGCUACAGCACACUGACGGCCCUUGUCCCUAUGGAGUCGCUGGCUGCUGAGAUCGAAGGCACCAUGAGGAGGGGCCUGGACAGCCCGGCACCGCCAGAGUACAGGAGCCACCCUUUUCGCGUGUUUGAGACGGUGAAGGCAGCCAAUCAAGCGGCCCGCCUGCGCUCCCGCUGCCAUUCGCCUCAGAUUCCUGGCUCCAGUCCGCCGUCAGGCCGCUCCAGCUGUGUGAGCACACCGCGCACCAGCUGCUACGGCUCCUGUAGCGCCAGCGUCAGCCUGGAGGAGAAGGCAUCUUUGAGCCAGGGGCCCCCUGUACAGCUCAGCGAGGUGGAAGAGAAGCGCCUGGGACAGCCAGGCACCCCAGGUGGUCAGGACUUGGAGGCGGCACUGCAGCGCCUCUCGGCCCGCCAGCAGAGCCACGACUCGAGCCGGCCCUUCUUCGAAGUGGAGCGUGAACGCAAACUGCAAGCGUUGGAGGUUGAGGGCGACACCUCCAGUGGUUUUCUCACACCCAAUGACAGUCUCCUGUCCAUCGGCACCAACUACUCGAGUAGCUCACUGCACUCGUCGGCCUCGGGCGUCUCUAGCAGCUCACGCUCCUGCCUGCCUGACCGCCUGCAGAUUGUCAAGCCCCUGGAAGGCUCAGCGACACUGCACCACUGGCAGCAGCUGGCCAAACCCAACUUGGGUGGCAUCCUGCAGCCCCGUCCCGGGGUCCUGACCAAGGACUUCCGGGAGCUCGACGUGGACCUGCAGCAUGUGUACAGCCUGAACGAUCUGGAGGAGGACGAGGCCGAGCCAAGCCAGGCCCCGCGGUGGGAGGGCCUGGACCCAGCAGUGUGGGGCACUGUGGGAAACUGUGCCACAGCCUCUCCGUCCUGCCCCUGGCUGCCCCAGACCCCUCCCACACAUCUUCCUACCCUCUGCGGGACUCAGCAUCCCUCUCUCACAGCCAUCCCGCACAGUGCUGACCCUCACUGCCCAUCCGCUGGUGGGAAUGCAGGGCAUGUGAUGCCCCCUGGGGAGAACCGUGACAACCACCGUGCUGCCCUUCCGUCUCCUCUGGGAAUCGUGGAACUGCUGCAGCAGCAGGGCAUCUCGGCCUCCGCAGACCCCCGGCUGCUGCUCGACUCCAGGUGGGCACGCCCUCCGUCCAGGAAGGGGAAGAGUGUCUUCAGCCUCAACCUGGUGGAGAAGCUGCAGAGUUUAGGGCUGGAUAAAGUGGCGGAGCGAGGCCUCAUUGAGUGUGAGGGAAGGCGGUCAAGCGAAUGCCCUGCAGAUGACUGCACAGCACCCCCUACAGUGGAAGCGCUCACCUAGCCCCCCCAGCAUGGUUUCUGUGUAUCUUUAUUUUACGCCUGCAGCCGCCAUCCCUCCGUGUUGGGGGGGUCACCUGGCCACCUGUCCGUUGUCAGCCACUCUCCACACGGAAAUAUUUGUACACUUUGAUGCAGGUGGGGAAGCAAUAACCAUGUUUUACCCAGCUGUUUUCGGAGCACGUUUGUGUGACAAAAAAUGCUGCUGUUUGUGUUUGAGUGAUGACUGAAAAAGCCCUUAGAAAGAACAGGAGGGAUGAAGAGCGCAGGGUGCUGCUUGUCCUGGUGGCAUCUCUGCCCCUUAUCUCCUUCUCCUCUUCCUCCUUUUACUUGAAAUGGCUGCACUUCAGCGGCCACGUGUCUGUUUUUCAGGGCCACUAUACUGCUGGUACAGUGCAGUAUUUCCAUGCUGCUUCAUCCCUUUACCAUGUUUUUUUCAUCUUGAGAGCAGAAUACUGGGUGGACUGAUUAGGUAUAUUUGUACAACAGCCUGCUCUGUGAAGCAUUGAUAUUUUACUGGUGAUUCAACAGCAAUCAUAUUAGAAAAUGUCACUUGGGUCAUUAUUAAUUUGUUCCUUAGUUGACACUUUUAUCCAAAGCAAGUAACACUGAUGUCCCCAUUUAUAUAGCAGGGUAAUUUUUACUGUAUCACUUCAGGGUGCUACAGCAGUGGUGAAAGUGGGUUUGAGCUGCAGGUCUGUGUUCUCGUGUGCUCUGCUGCAUCGGGUCAGGGUGCGAGGACGUCUGACCAGUUAAGGAAGAAAAUGCAAUGGAAGAGUAUUUGCCUGUUUGAUUUUUUUAUUUAUUUUGAAAAACAAUAUCCGCAGGUGUUAAUUAUUUUUAAUGGCUCAAUAUUUCCUUGGUCAGUUAGCUCAUGUGCUCUCAAACUCUCACUGCACUGUAACUGUAGCUGUGAUGUCACUGUAAUCAGUCAACAAUAAGCAACUGAAUGGUCAAAACGGUUAUUUAGGAGCUUCUCAAAUAUCUCAAUAUGCUGUCUAUUUGACAUUAAUACAUGAAAGUAUAAAAAAAAUGCAUAUUCAUAAGGAAUUCAUUAUUUCUUCACCACCUCAUGGCAAGUGCUGAUGUGGCUCAUCAGUGCCUUCUGCUAAAGAACCCAGGUUCAAAUCCCACCUUGUGCUCUAUACCUUUGAUCAGUGUACUUACUCUGAAGUGAUGCAGUAAAAAUUUUCCUGGUGUAUCAUAAAUGGGUAAAUCAUUGUGAGGCACUUGAG